AUGACUAAACGCAAAACAGGCGACCGGGUUAAGUACGAGAAAGAUGGGACCAAAUACGAUGGCAUCAUUAAGCAUGUUUUUGACUACGACCCGAAAGACAAGAGAGGCCAAAAAUACUCUGUCACUGAUCCUAACGCGGACACCAUUAUCGUCUACGAGGAUGAAAUAAAGCAAGAAUAG